AUGCCAUCGGAUGCGAAGAAGGCAAGAGAUGCUGCCAAGAAAGCAGCUGCGAAACAACAAAAAGCAAACCGUGGAAAGAAAGUAGAGCCCAAAGAAGAACAUUACAAUUUUCGUUUGUUCUUCCACUUGACUCUUUAUUCAGGUGUGGUAGAUGCUGCUGCUGAAACUCUUGAAAAAAUUGAACUUGAAAACGCGCAAGCGCGAUCUGUCGCUGGAGCCUUGACUUCGAACCCGAAGGGUUUAGACCACAAGGUGGAAAGUUUAACGAUUACUUUUCACGGAAGGGAGAUUGUUGUGGACACGAAAUUAGAACUUAACCGGGGAAGGCGAUAUGGUUUGAUUGGCCUAAAUGGAAGUGGCAAGUCAACUAUCAUGCACGCUAUUGUUAAUCGAGAGCUUCCUAUACCUGACAGCGUUGAUAUGUACCUGGUUUCCCGUGAGAUGCCUGCUUCUAACAUAACCGCUUUGCAAGCAGUAGUCGAUGUCGAUACCGAGCGAAAGGAACUUGAGCACCUGGCCGAGGAACUUGCUGGGAAUGACGAUGAUGAGAGCCAGGAAAGACUCAUGGAUAUCUAUGACCGAUUGGACGAAAUGGAUGCAGCUCUUGCCGAGAAAAGAGCUGCUGAGAUUCUUCACGGUCUUGGGUUCACCAAAACCAUGCAAAUGAAGAAGUGCAAGGAUUUUUCAGGAGGAUGGAGGAUGCGAAUAGCCUUAGCUCGAGCACUCUACCUGAAACCUUCAUUAUUGCUUCUUGAUGAGCCUACAAACCAUCUUGAUCUGGAAGCAUGCGUUUGGCUGGAAGGAGAACUCAGUCGAUACAAAAGGACACUGCUAAUUGUAUCUCACUCACAAGAUUUUAUGAAUGGUGUUUGUACGAAUAUUAUUCACCUAUUUCAGAAGAAAUUGGUUUACUACACGGGUAAUUAUGAUCAGUUUAUUAAAACUCGGCUUGAACUCAUGGAAAAUCAAAUGAAACGCUAUAAUUGGGAGCAAUCGCAACUGCAGCAUAUGAAGGACUAUGUGGCUCGUUUUGGUCACGGUUCUGCCAAACUUGCUCGUCAAGCCCAAUCUAAAGAGAAAACAAUGGCGAAAAUGAUCGCAGGUGGUUUGACGGAAAAAGCUGUUGCGGAAACGGUGAGUGUUGAGCCGCGUUAUAUUAGGUUGGUGCAUAAUUAUUGCGGAUUUUUUCAGCAAAUUUUACUUGAAGAAACUAUGGAAAUAUUUAGCAAAGACAUGUUCAAAUAA